CGUGACCAUCGUGCCUCUUGUUUCCGUUUUGCUACUAUCUCCCAAAGGAACCGACAGACGCUGAUGCCUCGGCACAAAUUCACACAAAAAGAGGAUGAGCACCUUGUCGAGUAUCUGGCGACUCAAACCAUCGGCUUUCAGGCUACGAGCGGCAAUCAACUGUAUAAGAAACUGACAGAAAAUCUGCAAAGAUGGCCAUGGGCAGAGUCACGCAGCUGGCAAUCCUGGAGAGACAGAUACGUCAAGAAUCAGGAAUCUUUCAAUAGAUAUAUCAAGCGCUAUCGUAAAGAGGCGGCAAAGAGGACAGAGGGUGCGCUAGCCAACCCGGGAAAGCGGAAGCACGAGUCGGAUGAGGGUGUCGCGUCGAAGAGACCCAAGCUUGCGGAUCGCGAGGAAGAUAAUGACGGGACAAAGGCCAAGACUGCGUCGAAGCCUCUGCCCCCGCCGACGGUGGCAUCGCAGGCCAUAGCUAAUAAAGCAGUCACCCAUUCGGAUUCAGGGCAGGAUAAUGCAGGAGGUCGGGCUACUAUUCUCACGGAGCCAUCCAAGGCUAAAGCUUCCACGACUAAGGCCCCUGUGUCCCUGUUCACUCAAGUGUUUGAUGAAGAGUCUGACAGCCGAGAAACGCCAGGUCCGGAUGAUUAUAACGGUGAAAUAUUCGGCGAUGACCCUCAGGAGCAGGAUGAUGAACAUGUUAUGGAUGUGGAGAUGAUUGUCGAGUCUGAUCACGAUCCAACAGAUGUUAGUGAGGUCGAAGAGUUGCUAACGCCUUCCCGAUCCAAAAUUGCUGCAACUUCCCGAUCUUCAGAACGCAAGACGCCUCCAUCUCAGAAUGGGCGUCGUCUCUAUCCCGAUAUAUCUCAGCUACCUUCUCCUCAUUUACAGUCCAAAGAGAGACCGGCCCCUGCAUCCAGUUCGUCAAAUCACAAACCUAAUCCCCAGCCUAAAACGAUGCAGGACCAUCCUAUUACGCGCCCUCUCAAGAAACCCCUACGUAAACGACAUCCUAGCCCGGAUUCGGGGUUCUUCGAGUCACCUGCAUCGUCUUCUCGUGCUCCCUCCCCACAGCGAGUACGUCAGCUCCCUCGCCUUACAGAAGGUCCAUUUGGUGGUCAUCGACUCGCUGGUAGCACCAAACGUGGAGUACCAAACUCUGAUUCUGACUCCGAUUCUGAGCCCAAAAAGACUUGGCCUCCGGUGAGGGGCAAGGCGACGAGGAGACUGACUGCUCUGGAGAAGGGAAAAGGGAAGGCGACCGAGGAUACAGUUGUUUCAGAAGCGGCACCGUCGAUAGUGGACUCUCUUACAACCAGGCUCGCAGACCAGGUAUCCGAAGAUGUUUCGCUCCUGACGUCGCGACCCCUACAAGGCGUGACUACCGAGCUCGUCGAUCGGCCUUCAAAUUCUGAGGACACGCUCAAUGGAAAGGCGGCGGUUUCGCCUCUAACCCCGCCUGAGGACUCAAAGCGGAUGGCCAUUGUGCUGCCGAAGGAGCUUCCCUCUAACGUACUACCUUCGAACCAGCGUUCUGCGUCCCUGCGUACCGUUGAUAAGUAUAAUUCAUUGAGCAAAUUACCGACGUCGCUUCCAUCGCCCCCUAAGGGACUACAACGGUGUUUUGUUCAGUCCGUUCCACCCGAUGCUGGGCCUUCGCGUCCGCGGUUCUCAGCGGCUCCUUCGGAUGAUGGUGAAGAAGAGAUUGUAACCAACCUCUUAAGCGAUGACAAUCCCUUCAUUGCACCUGCAGCACCACCAAAGCAGUCUAUCCCCUUCCUCGAUCUACGUUCUAUGGCGAAGAAACCAAUUCAGCGACGGUAUACUCUCGCUGCACCUCCGCCACCCCGAAUUGAUCUACGGAAGGAGGCAUUCAAGCGUGCGUCCCGAAAAUCGCUUCCGGGAACAUCAAUAUCCGCGCCGAUCUCUACUAAGGAUUCAAUAUCCGAGUUGGGCAAAUCGUUAAUGCAUAGUUGGACGAAGCGAUUUGGAUUGCCUGAAGACCGCGUGAGGAAAGUGUGGGAGGAGGAAUUAUCGAUCGAGAACACGGAGAAGCGGCUGCAGCGCGUUAAGCAAGAACAUGAGAAGAGUUUGACGCCUACCAGACGGGUGAAGCGGAAAUCGGCGCCCAAGAUGGAUAUUGAUGUGCUGCCUGACGAUGAGGAUAUUGAUGGGUACGAGCCGCCGUAUUCAUCUAGGGCGCGCAGGUUUGCGAAGCUAUCCAAACAAGGGAGGGUGAAGGAGGCGUUGGACCGGGAUCGACGGCGAGCGACUGAGAGUGGUGUAAAGAUCGACAGUCCUUUGAAGAAGGCUUCCCCGUUAUGGGGUGAGGCAGAGGAUAAACUGCUACGCACUGUGAAUGCCCACAACGUCAACUCGCUGCGGGAACUCGAGAAGAAGGUUGGGUAUGCUUUUAUGCUGGAAAAGGUUCGUGACGUUGCUCUGUUGAAUUUGGUAUGAAGGAUUGUAUUAUAUGCCUGGAAAAUGUUUUUAUUUUUAUCAGGUUGAACGGGUGAAACCGCAAAGCUUGCUGGAUCCUAUAUUGGCCAUUUAAAGACCUGUUGAAUGAUCGUCGAUACAUCCGCUAUUCGCCUCUAACAUUUUAUGCAUAUU